AAAAUUACGAAUUAUGUUAUGCAGAGAUCUAUAAUACAUAUUAUAUUAACUUUGUGAUAAAAUCAUUAAAUAGUUUUAUAAUAAUUAUUAAAAUUAUUUUAAAUCUAAUGUCAUGGCGAGUGGAAAAUAUUACUCUAUUUUAUGUAUCUAACUAUGUCGGCAAGAAAUUAUAUGUCGGCUCGAGAGAAGAAAGUAAAUAGAGUGGAUUGUUUACCAUAUAUAAAUCAACAAAAAUUUCGUCGACCGGAGCUUUCUGUACUCUCUGCUAAUGCUUAUAAUUUGAAUAGAAAUUUAGUAUACUCGUGUAACAAUUUUGCUGGCGACAGCUUGGAAAGAUCAGGAACACCAUAUUCCGAUUUCCUCUCGGAGAGUGAGACAAGCACACCAGAUUUUCAUAGUGAGGAGAGUGAUAGCAGUGCUGGAUCAAUUUUAAAAAGAAACACAGCUGAGACUACAAGAGUAUUAGCUGAUGAAUGGGAAAGAAUUGAGAGAACUCUGUACAAUGAGGAUGGGGAAAAAUCUAAACGACCUGAAAUUAUAGAGGAAUGUCGGCAAUGGCAAGAAUUGCACCCACAACUUAGAAUACUUGGUAAGGCAAUCUCUAUACCAGAUAAAAGGUUACACUAUAGACAAAUUGAACAUGAAGAAGUUAUUGCAAUGCACUACAGUGACUAUGAACAAUUUAGUGAAAGUGAAGAGAGGCACUCUCAGAGCAGUACAGAUGUCACACCAACAAAUUCACCUCGGACAUCAACAAGUGACAUUCCAGAUACAAAACUUUACAGAGAAAAGAUAUCAUACCAAUACUCACCAGAAAUUGAUCUAUUAGAUACAUUUAGUUCACUAUUACAAAUAAAGCCUAUACAAAUAAGGAGUCCUUCCCACAAGAAAAAACAGAAUCAAUCUAUACUAAGAUCAGAUAUAGCAUCUUCAAAAUGGAUGAAGCCUUAUCGUCCUGAUACAUCUGUAAACUAUGGAAGAAAUAGUGCAAAAUCAUACAUUUCUCUAGAUCACACAAAAAAUUCACUAGAUAAUAGAAUUAAUUCAAGAGUAUUUACAGCAAGGUUAAGAGAAUCAUCUCUACAGCCUUUGCAUUCACCUGAAUCACAUAAUGGAACAUUUAGGCAUGGGCAACAAAAUAACUAUAAUAUGAGAAAAGUAUCAUUACCACCUCUGUUGCGAGAAGGAGAGAAAAAAAAGACAGUUGAAUCUGCCAAGAAACUAAGUAGGUCAAGAAAGAGCAGUACAAAACUUCAUCUGGAUAGACUGAAACAUAACUAGCACAUCCAACUAAAAUUUGGAUUUUAGGUAGCAAAUAAAAAAUAUAUUUUAGUAAAAAUACAUACUGGAAUAAAAAGAAACCUAUGUACUGAUCAUCCAUAGCCUUGGUGAGAUUUUGUUGUUUGACUCCAUUGAUUAGCAGAGAUGCAAUUAUAUACAUAAAGAGCACACCUCCAUAACCAAGUGUAAAAUGGCAUAUUAAUUUGGAAUUAAAUUAUCCAUGUCCAUGUCCCUUAGACGGGUUAUGCGAUGUCAAACAAUAAAUAGUAUGUGAGAAUAAUGUCAUGAUUAUAAAUGUAUACAAUCAUAUUUGUAUGUCAAUCAAUGUAGUUUUGAUGUAUGAUGAUGAUGUAUUGUUAGGAAACAAAUUAUAAAGGAUCUAUGUAUUAUAUAUUUUCGUGAUUAUAGUUCUAUUAAUUAACGUGUCAUACACAUUUUGAUGCAUAUUUGAUGUGUGAUGCUUUUUGUAAAUACAUAUAAAAAUUUAUGUAAAUAAAAAUGUUAUUUAUAAAAAAAUGUCUAAUUA